AUGACCAAAUGUUUACCAUGGGAGACCCCCGUGGGAGAGGAGAUAGAUGGCUACAAUCUCACCACCGUGACUCACUUUAUCCUCACGGGGCUCUCUGACCUCCCCGAGGUGCACUAUCCUCUCUUUGCGGUCCUUGCCAUCACCCACCAGGUCACCUUGUUGGGAAACGGGGCCAUUCUCUUGGUCAUUGCGACUGAGAAAAACACAACCAUCUAUUACUUCCUGGCCAGUCUGUCCCUCUUAGACAUAUUCUGCCCAUCAGCUACUGUCCCCAAGAUGCUGGACAACCUCUUUACUGGGAAUGACAGCAUCUCCUUCCUGAGCUGUGUUUUGCAGCUUUAUUUCCUGGUGGCCCUGGCGGGGACUGAGGUCUUCCUUCUCGCUGUCAUUGCUUAUGACCGGUAUGUGGCCAACUUUUUCCCCCUGCGUUACACCCUCAUCAUGACCAAGGCUCGCUGUGCCCAGCUGGCAGCAGGGUUUCUACAUUCCCUCCUCCAUACAGUGUCCACCUUCUGCCUGUCUUUUUGCAAGUCCAGUCGGGUUAACCAGUAUUACUGUGACAUCCCCCCAGUGGUGGCCCUCUCCUGCUCAUCCACCUACAUAGAAGAAAUGCUUAUGUUUGUGGUAUCAAAUAUUUUGGGAAUUGGUGCCUUCCUAACUACCUUCAUUUCUUAUGUACAUCAUAUUCACCUUCCUAAAGAUCCAAACAGUGGAAGGGAAGCUCAAAGCCUUCUCCACAUGUGCCUCCCACCUCAUGGUGAUUGGGUUGUUUUAUGGCACAGUAAUAUUUACCUGUUUGGCCUUCCUCCAGUCACCACUCCCCAGCCAGGGACAGGCUCAUCACCAUGCUCUAUGGGGUUAUCACCCCAAUGCUAA